AUGGCUCACACAAAUCAGUCAGUGGUGUCUGAGUUUGUGCUUCUGGGACUCUCAGAUUCUUGGGGACUCCAGCUGUUCUUCUUUGCCAUCUUCUCCAUAGUGUAUGUGACCUCAGUGCUGGGCAACAUCAUGAUCAUCAUCAUCAUUUCCUCUGACUCCCGUUUGAACUCCCCCAUGUACUUCCUGCUCAGUAAUCUCUCUUUCAUUGACAUCUGUCAGUCUAACUUUGCCACCCCCAAGAUGCUUGUGGACUUUUUCAUCGAGCACAAGACUAUCUCCUUCCAUGGGUGCAUGGCUCAGAUAUUCCUUCUCCAUAGUUUUGUUGGGAGUGAGAUGAUGCUGCUUGUUGCUAUGGCAUAUGACAGAUUUAUAGCCAUCUGUAAGCCCCUUCACUACAGCACAAUUAUGACUCGGAGACUGUGUGUGAUUUUUGUGCUGAUUUCAUGGACUGUGGGCAUCCUGCACUCUGUGAGCCACCUGGUCUUUACAGUGGACCUGCCAUUCUGUGGCCCCAAUGAAGUAGACAGCUUCUUUUGUGACCUGCCCCUGGUGAUCGAGCUGGCUUGCAUGGAUACCUAUGAGAUGGACAUUCUGACACUGACUAACAGUGGCCUGAUAUCUCUGAGCUGCUUCCUGGCUUUAAUCGUUUCCUACACCAUCAUUCUGAUCACUGUUCGGAGAAGGUCCUCCAGUGGGUCAUCCAAGGCACUUUCUACACUAACUGCCCACAUCACAGUGGUGAUUCUUUUCUUUGGGCCUUGCAUUUACUUCUACAUAUGGCCCUUUAGCAGACUUUCUGUGGAUAAGUUCCUUUCUGUCUUCUACACUGUUUGCACACCCCUGUUGAAUCCCAUCAUCUACUCCCUAAGGAAUGAAGAUGUUAAAUCAGCUUUUCAAAAGCUGAGAAGCCGUCACGUCAGCUCCUGGAAAAAUUAG